AUGAACUUAAAAAUUCGCACUAUAACAUCCGUAGAUUGUACAACGAAAAAGUUGAAAAUCGAACCAAGUCGAAGCAACAAAAUUGAAGCAACAAUCUCGAAAAAGCAAACUGAACCUCUAUUGGAGUGUGACUUCUGUGGCAAACAGUUCAACCGGAAGUCGUUUCUAGCGUCGCACAUGAAGCAACACAGACAUCGCUGUAAAACUUGCAACCAAACAUUCGGGCUAAGAAAAGACUUGAAACAGCACUCGGAGCAAGUUCAUGGUCCUGUACUAUAUCCGUGCAGUAUCUGUGAAUAUAAAAGCAACAACAGGUGGACACUGAAGGAUCAUUUCAUUCGAAAGCACACCAGCAGGUUCGACUAUUCGUGUGCAGUCUGUGGAAAACAAUUCAAGAUCAAGAACGACAUGGUGCAGCACGCGAAGCAAAUGCAUAGCAACGCAUCUCCAAUUAUUUGCACAGUUUGCGGUCACGCAUGCAAGAGCGUGCCUUCCUUAAAGUCUCACAUGAAAUACAAGCACUACAAGACUGCGUACCAGUGUAAUUUGUGCAAACGUUGUAUGACGACGCAGAAGAACCUGGAGCAACAUCUGUUGUGGCACAAGAGGAAGGAGAAAGUGGUUUGCCAAACUUGUGGCAAGACUUUUGGUCAAAAGAGGGAUCUGGACCUUCAUUUGAGGAUUCACGAAGGUAUCAGGCCGUUCUCUUGCCCGGUUUGUGGCAAGAAGUUCCCGAGAAGAACUGCUCAGGAGCAACAUAUUUUGAUACACACGGGUCAAAGACCGUAUACUUGUGAUAUUUGUGGACAGAAGUUUGCGCAAAAACCGGGACUGAUCUGUCACAGGAAGCGACAUCCUGGACCUCUGCCACAGCUCCCUGUGAUCUCCGUUAGAAAGAUCAUCGCGGAUUUUACUCAGGGACUGAACGAUGCCGCGAUGGAGAAGAAGAAUUAG